CCCGAGCCGGGCCCGCUUCGGGCCCCGCGGCUCCGGAGCCAUGAACUUCCAGGCGGGCGGGGGACAGAGCCCGCAGCAGCAGCAGAGCCUGGCGGCUCCGGGGGCCGGCAGCGGCGGCGGCGGCGGCGCGGGGGGCGGCGGGCAGUUCGGCGGCGCGGGGCCGGGGGCCGGGGGCGGCGGCGGCCCCUCGCAGCAGCUGGCCGGCGGGGCCUCCCAGCAGUUCGCGCUCUCCAACUCGGCGGCCAUCCGGGCCGAGAUCCAGCGUUUCGAGUCCGUGCAUCCCAAUAUCUACGCCAUCUACGACCUGAUCGAGCGCAUUGAGGACUUGGCGCUGCAGAACCAGAUCCGGGAGCACGUCAUCUCCAUAGAGGAUUCAUUUGUGAACAGCCAGGAGUGGACCCUGAGCCGCUCUGUGCCGGAGCUUAAAGUGGGCAUAGUAGGGAACCUGUCGAGUGGCAAGUCGGCCCUGGUGCACCGCUAUCUGACGGGGACCUACGUCCAGGAGGAGUCCCCCGAAGGGGGUCGGUUUAAGAAGGAGAUUGUGGUGGAUGGCCAGAGCUACCUGCUGCUGAUCCGAGAUGAAGGAGGGCCCCCCGAGCUCCAGUUUGCGGCCUGGGUGGACGCAGUGGUGUUUGUGUUCAGCCUGGAAGAUGAAAUCAGCUUCCAGACGGUGUACAACUACUUCCUGCGGCUUUGCAGCUUCCGCAACACCAGCGAGGUGCCCAUGGUGCUGGUGGGCACGCAGGACGCCAUCAGUGCCGCCAAUCCCCGGGUCAUUGAUGACAGCAGAGCCCGCAAGCUGUCCACAGACCUGAAGCGCUGCACCUACUACGAGACGUGCGCCACCUACGGGCUCAACGUGGAGCGCGUCUUCCAGGACGUGGCCCAGAAGGUGGUGGCCUUGAGGAAGAAGCAGCAGCUGGCCAUCGGGCCCUGCAAGUCCUUGCCCAACUCACCCAGCCACUCAGCCGUGUCUGCUGCCUCUAUCCCAGCUGUGCACAUCAACCAGGUGCCUCGAAUGGGCGGCGGCAGCGCCUUCAGCGACUACUCCUCCUCAGUCCCCUCCACCCCCAGCAUCAGCCAGCGGGAGCUGCGCAUCGAGACCAUCGCCGCCUCCUCCACCCCCACACCCAUCCGCAAGCAGUCCAAGCGGCGCUCCAACAUCUUCACGUCUCGGAAGGGCGCUGACCUGGACAGAGAGAAGAAGGCUGCAGACGGCAAGGUGGACAGCAUCGGGAGUGGCCGGGCCAUCCCCAUCAAGCAGGGGAUCCUGCUGAAGCGGAGCGGCAAGUCCCUCAACAAGGAGUGGAAGAAAAAGUAUGUGACGCUGUGUGACAACGGGCUGCUCACCUACCACCCUAGUCUGCAUGAUUACAUGCAGAACAUCCACGGCAAGGAGAUCGACCUGCUGCGGACAACGGUGAAGGUGCCCGGCAAGCGCCUGCCCCGAGCCACGCCCGCCACGGCCCCGGGCACCAGCCCCCGUGCCAACGGGCUGCCCAUGGAGCGGAGCCACACGCAGCUGGGUGGGGGCACAGGUGCCCCCCACUCGGCCAGCAGCGCAUCCUUGCACUCUGAGCGCCCCCUCAGCAGCUCAGCCUGGGCUGGCCCGCGCCCCGAGGGGCUGCACCAGCGCUCCUGCUCCGUUUCCAGCGCCGACCAGUGGAGUGAGGCCACUGCUCUGUCCCCCGGCAUGCAGCACCCUGCCAGUGACCCAGCUGAGGGACUCGGGUCCAGCCCCAAGCUGGAGCCUCCCCCAUCUCCCCACUCCAACCGGAAGAAGCACCGUCGGAAAAAGAGCACCGGGACCCCCCGACCAGAUGGCCCCAGCAGUGCUGCCGAAGAGGCCGAGGAGUCGUUUGAGUUUGUGGUGGUGUCGCUCACCGGGCAGACAUGGCACUUCGAGGCCUCCACGGCGGAAGAGCGGGAGCUGUGGGUCCAGAGUGUGCAGGCUCAGAUCCUGGCCAGCCUGCAGGGCUGCCGCAGCGCCAAGGACAAGGCUCGCCUGGGGAACCAGAACACGGCUCUGGCCGUGCAGGCCGUCCGCACCGUGCGCGGCAACAGCUUCUGUAUCGACUGCGACGCACCCAAUCCAGACUGGGCCAGCUUGAACCUGGGCGCCCUCAUGUGCAUCGAGUGCUCGGGGAUCCACCGCCACCUGGGAGCUCAUCUGUCCCGGGUCCGCUCCCUCGACCUGGACGACUGGCCGCCCGAGCUGCUGGCUGUCAUGACCGCCAUGGGCAAUGCCCUUGCCAACAGCGUCUGGGAGGGGGCCUUGGAUGGCUAUGCAAAGCCAGGGCCUGAAGCCUGCAGAGAGGAGAAGGAGCGCUGGAUCCGAGCUAAGUAUGAGCAGAAGCUGUUCCUGGCGCCGCUGCCCAGCUCGGACGUGCCGCUGGGGCAGCAGCUGCUGCGGGCGGUGGUGGAGGACGACCUGCGGCUGCUGGUGAUGCUCCUGGCCCACGGGUCCAAGGAGGAGGUGAACGAGACCUACGGGGAUGGGGACGGGCGCACGGCCCUGCACCUCUCCAGCGCCAUGGCCAACGUGGUCUUCACACAGCUGCUCAUCUGGUACGGGGUGGACGUGAGGAGCCGGGACGCCCGGGGCCUGACACCACUGGCAUACGCCCGCCGGGCCGGCAGCCAGGAGUGCGCGGACAUCCUGCUCCAGCACGGCUGCCCUGGGGAGGGCUGCGGCCUGGCCCCCGCCCCCAGCAGAGAUCCGGCCAACGGCCCCAACCCCUCUGCUGAGCUGCACCGGAGCCCUAGCCUCCUAUGAGGCCCAAGGAGAGGGCAGAGGGGCCGGAAGGACUCCAUGUGUGGCCAGGGCACAGAGGUGGAGAAGCCAGUUCGGGCAGCGAGGAAACCCAGAGGGGCCAGCGAGCCAAGGAGAGGUUUGGGAUUCUGAGCCGCUGCAGAGAGCGGGAGUGCGGUGUGGAGCCCCCUGCCCCAAGGUGCGCUGAGGAGGGACGGGACCCUUUGGAGGUGCCUGUGAGGAGAGGGGAGCAGGACCUCUCCCUCCUCCAGACCCCGCCCUCCCAGGGCCAGCCUCCCGUGGAGGAGGACAGGGCCCAGCCUAGGCGUGCAGGCCGAACGGCGGGGUCUGGCCUGCGAGUCCCAUGUAACAUUUGUACAUUGGAAUAUUUAUGUCUGUGUACAUACUCGGUGUGUGUGUAUGAUGAGCCAAUAAACAGACUGCGUGUGCGGCCUUGUGCCCUCUG